CAUUUUGCUAUAUUGAUUUCAGUGUUUGUGUGUGUGUGUGUUAGUGAUAUAUGAAAAUACGCGCAUACUCGAUACUUGUACAUUUUUUUUCGUUGGCAUUCUGAUUCUGAUUCUUUUCUUUUCAUUUCAUUUCAUUUUUUUUUCAAAGGAGCAUGUGUUUGCGUGUGUGUGUGUGAGACUUUUUUUUUCUUCAAUAUAAAAAUUCCUACCAGCAGCAAGUCUUGAUUACGUUCACACUCACACACCAGUCAUCAUUAUCAUCAUGAUCGAAUCAGUUGAUCUCCAACAACAACAGAAAAAAAUUUUUUUGAAUUAAAUAACCACAUAGUCGUUUAUUGAUUCUGUCAUGAUUCUAACAGAAUUCUAUUUCAUUUCAUUUUUUUUUGUUGCAAAUGAAAAUCAAUAUAAAAAUUUGAAUUCUGUUUUUUGUGUGUGUGUGUGUGUGUGUGUGUGUGCCUUUUUUGUUUCAAAUCUUAAUGUCACAAUUGUCUUCAGGGUCUUCAGGCUCCAGAAAAAAACAAAAUUUUUUCAUCAACAUUAAUUGAUUGACACACACACACAUAUCACAUUUCUAUAGUCGAAUUGUUCAAACUUUUUUUUUUUGUUGCACUCGAGAAACAAAAAGUAUUCAUCAUUAUUAUUGUGUUUUGGCCAUUGGUCGGAAUUAUAAUUGCCAAGAAUUUGGUGUUUUUUCUUCUUCUUUUUUUUCUUGUUGGCUACAACAGAAUUUUCUUUAUUCAUUCACUCAUCAUCAUCAUCAUCAUAGAAUCAUCAAUUGAAUGUGUCGAUUAUGAAGACAAAUUUAAUUUACACAUUACUUGCAUUGUAUUUGGCCGAUGUAAGCAAUGUUAUAUUAUUUCAUCUGGUACAUAUUUGUACAUUUCGUUUGAAAUUUUCAUCAUCAUCAUCAUCAUCAUCAUCAUCAUCGUCAUCAUCAUCAUCAUCGUCGUCAUCAUCGACAGCAACCAAUGAUGAACAUACAACAACAUUUAAUCGUAUCAUAAUGAUUGCAUCAGCCGAUAUGGCUGUAAAAUGUCCACCAGAUCGUUUAUUAUUUCCAUGUAAAUGUCAUCAUAAUGAACAUAUUAUAUGUACAGAAUCAAUGACCUAUAGCUUGAUGCAUGUAUUUCGUGCCAUUGGACAAUCAAUGUAUCAAUCGAUGAAUAUUCAUUAUCAUUUGUCAUCAUCAUCAUCAUCAUCGAUUGAUAAAACAUCCGAUCAUCAGCCACCAAUACCAUUAUUUAAUGAACUUAUUCUAUCAAAUAGUUAUUGGAAUGAAUUAGAUGAUAAUCUAUUUCAAUAUGUUCGUUUUCAACGUAUCAUUAUGAUUGAUAUGAAAUCAUUAAUACGUAUACAUUCGAAUGCAUUCAAUGGUACCAAUAAUGAUGUACAAUAUUUAGAGAUUAAAGGCGAAAAUAAACUUGGCCAAAAAUAUAUUAAUCAAUUAUUCGAUGCCUUAAGUUCAUUACAAAUGGCAAGAGAAAUGCGUUUAGAAUUGAAUCAAUUAGAUAUGAUACCAAGUUAUGCAUUUCGUGAUAUACAGAUGAAUUAUCCAUCAUCAUCAUCAUCAUCAUUUGAUCAACAAAAUAUGGUUGAAAAUUGGAACAUAAUGAAUCGAAGACGUAUUCGUUUGGAACGAUUACAUAUCAUUUCAAAAUCAUUAACACAAAUAUCAAGUUAUGCAUUCUAUGAGCUCAAUACAUUACGAUCAAUAAGGAUUCAUUCAAAACAUAAUGAUGGCCUACAAAGAAUAUCGGCACAUGCAUUCGAUCUAGCACAACCAUUAAGUCAUCCAUUGACAAUUGAUUUACGGAAAAAUCAAUUAAAAUUAUCUUCAUUUGAAUUGGAUGCCUUUCAACAGGUUAAUCGACCAGUACAUUUGGAUUUAUCGGAAAAUAAUCUAACAUCAAUACCGCAAACAAUAUUUGAACGUUUUCUCAAUACAGAUGUUAAGAAUACGAUACGUAUAGGUGAAACAAAUCCAUUACGUUGUGAUGAUUGUUACCUUUAUUGGCUAUUAAAAGAUCGACAAAUUUAUUCUUCACAAAUACAUGAUGCUAUUUGUCAAUCGAUUAAUGCCAAUUUAUGGCGUCUAGAUGAAUCAACAUUUCGACCAUGUUCACAGGAUGAACAUUAUCAACCACAAUUAAUCUUCCGUAAUAGUGCCCAUUCUAUUCAUCAACAAUUAUCAUCAUCUACGAUGACAAAUACAAAACAACCAAAUCGACAUCAUCAUUAUUAUCAUUUAACAUUUCUUUUUUCAUCAUUUAUAAUGAUUUUAUUAAUAUGA